ACGAUUGGAUUUGUGGGUGCCUUCUUUCUCUUUCGCAAGGAAAAGAAACAUACGAACUCUGCAAGCACCCAUCCAUACUUUUACUCUUUGAAUACAAACCCCGGUGUCUUCUAUACUCACCAGCCAUGUCUUUGAGACAUCUCACUAUGUCGCGCUGGCUUUCCCAAGCUUCCAGUCUUGGGUGGCAUGUGCUACCGUCAAGAUUAGCCAGGAAAAACGUCCAGAUGAUCCAGCCACCAGCUUCCUUUAAUACGUUCCGCCGCGCCUUUUCCCUUCCAGCCGACAAAAACAGCUUUCUUUCUAGCCGGAUAAGACCCCGGUCUAGUAAUAUGCGGAACUUUUCUCGUACCCAACAGGCUUCGGUUUUCCGUCGACUCUUUCGCUCAUCCAGGUCAAACAGCUCACCGCAGACGGGGCAACCCGGUUCGCUCUCACAGCGGUUAAAGGGGCUUUCUCGGGAGUACGGCUGGUCCGCCUUGGGGGUGUAUCUACUAUUGUCUGCAAUGGAUUUCCCGUUCUGUUUUGCCGCCGUUCGCUUCCUUGGGGCGGAGAAAAUUGGUCAUUAUGAGCAUGUAGUCGUUGAGGCUUUUAAGGGUGCAGUCGGCACUGUGCUUCCCAGUGUGCAAGAGGAGCAUUUCAGUGAACAGACAGAUCCUAGGGCCGAUCCUUCAAAGGGUGAUGUGGAGGGGAGUGUGGUAGAGAAAAAAUUAGAUGAAGGGGCGAGUCUAUGGACACAGGUUGCGCUUGCCUAUGCAAUCCACAAGAGUCUUAUCUUCAUUCGUGUGCCUCUGACUGCUGCUAUAACUCCAAAAGUUGUCAAGGCCUUGCGGCAAUGGGGCUGGGAUAUUGUCAAAGGUAAACCGAAGGGUAUGUAAUUCGGCCCACUGCUCUUCAAGGACAUGAAAGGCAUGGUCUGGCCACCUUUCUUUUUCUGUAUGGGAUUUGUGGUAUAGCAAUGGUCAACUAGAGAUCAGUUUCACGGUUUAAUUGUACAUUAGCUGUUAUAUCUAGAUUCCCGGGAUGCAUGACUUUUAAGUGUUCCUCUCAACUCUUAUGUUUUCCUAACGGGUAUUCUUAUAACACAGGUGCGUCAAGUAAUAGCCCAUAAGAAGAAAAUAUUUCAAAAAAGGGAAAAGCGGAGCACAUAGUUGGCAA